AUGGCUGCUCAAGCGCCCAUCACCACCAUCGUGCCCUUUGGCAACCGGGCUCUGCUACCCGCUUGUGCGGCUGCUUGUGGUCAUCUCUACGAUGCCAAUGGCGCCUGUGUCCCUCCCGCUAUUCCCACAAACAGUCCCGCUGUCUACACGUCAUGCUUUUGCUUCGACUCUCGCCUUGCGCCCUUUUCCACCACGACUGCCGGCGUUUGCGACCAGGCCUGUACUGCUGAACCCAACGGCCUUGCUUCCAUCACCAACUGGUAUCAUAGCGUCUGCAACGUCAAGAACGUAGCUGCGCCCUCAUCUACCAGCACCAUAUCCUCCAGCUCUAGCGGCAGUCCCUCAGGCUCCGGCAUCCCCCAGCGGACAGACGCCCCCAGCGGCGAUUGGAUCUCCACUCAUUACCAAUGGGUCAUUAUGCUCGUCAUCCUCGUCGUCGGCAUCGCUGGCAUCUGGAUCGGCGCCUGCAUCUGGCGCCGCCGCUACAUCCGCCGCCGCGAUCUUCGUCGACAAGCCGUCGGCGGCAACACCGACUCCUGGGGCUCCGGCGUCCCGCCCUCGGAGGGGGCUCCAGGCAUCCCCAUGACCUACCAGGACAAGGCCAACGCGACCCCCGAACUGCCCAACUUUACGUCAACCUCGGAGAAGCGCAACACGACGACCAAGCUGUGGCCCUUUUCCCGGUCAUGA